CGGAGUAUAUGAUGCGACGAGCUGUGAUCGAUCCUUAGCCAAAAGCAUUGUUUUCGGACAUUGACUUCGAGAACUGCGAUCACCGUUAUCGUUGGUCUCCGUUCUUUGACCAUUACGUACGUGCACUUCGAUAAACAUAGCAUCGUUCUUAGUACGCCAUGAUGUCGGGACGUAUUUCCUUAGAGGCGUGGAACGAGAAGUUAGCAAGAGAAAAGAGAGAACAGAAGAAUAGAUGGGACGAGGAUAUGGAUGUAUUGGCCGUAUGGGAGAAGGCGAGACUCGACAAAGAGAAGAAAGUACAAGAGAAAGGAGAGGAAGAGUUGUCUACGAGACGGGCAGUAGUCGCCAAGGUUCGGGAACUUGAAGGCCAGGUCGCUAAAGUCGAGGACUGGGGUGAUGAUGAUGACUUCAUGAUUGACAACGAUGAUCUUACGUUCCGAAGUAACUCCAGUGCGAACAUACACCCCCACCACCGCGACAGCCUCUCCUCAUUCCGAUCCGACCGCGAAUCUCUGCCUGGAAACGAAGAACGACAUGUACAUCUACCUGGUGAUGACGAGAAGUCAACAUUAGAUGCGAUUGCCGCGGUUGCCCACGCCGGCAUCCCUAUACCCACGAACGUACCACCUACCGCUUUAAUGGGCGGUACCAUCAAGCGAUUAGGAGGAAGAAAAGUGAAGAAGAUUUUCCAAGAAGAUUAUGGUGAUGACUUAGAAUUCCCCCUUGCUGGUCCUCUUCGUUUAAAGCCACAAGACGGCGACCGAUACCCCGAGUCUUUGAGACAUGUUAGUGGGCCAUUAGACCUUAGCCCGGCGAAACUAGCAGCCCCUGCUAUUAUUCAGGAGUUACUUCGCGAACCAGUCUUGCCGAAGAGCUUGGCGACACCCAUAAAUCUAGAUAAGUUUCGCGAUGACGACGACGACGACGAUGUCUUUGGCGACGGGUCUGCAACUAUCAAAGCCCCCAAAUUACUCCCUCAAUCUAGACCUAUUUCUCUUAUCACCCCACCUACACCUUCUCCUCAGAAGAAGCAAACCGAUGACGAUUUGGAUGGCGAUCUGGAGUUGCCGUCGGAUGGCUUGCUAAAGCUCUCUCGAAGGAUAGACAUCCCCAAAACUCCUGCAAUGAGUGUGAGCGAUGACUUGGACUGGGGAGAAGGUAGCUUGGGGACCCGGUUUGGUGGUACAAAACGUGAUCCAUUCUCAACUCGAAGCUCCUCCGUCUCUGGUCUUAGCCCUAGCCUGGCUAGUUCUGUCACGGCCGAGAGUGAAGAUGAGAUCUUCGAUGGUCUACUAAUCCCUAUUGGGCCUUUGGAUCUUGGUGGACGACUGAAUCGACGAAAGCAGGAUCCAUCUCCAGAGAGACUUCACGAGAAGAUUGAGCCUGUAACAGAAAAGCGAGAGGCGGCACCUAAGAGUGUGAUCAAGCCUGUAGCGGAUAAUGAAGACCCAUUUGAUGGUCUUGAUUUUGGUGAUGACGAUGUUUUCCGCUCCAACAAGCCAACCCUACAUCGAAACGUUAAGGUCAAGGAAGCUCGGCCCACCAGCCCUGUGCGACCGAAGACAGCUGUUUCCGUAACUUUCACUAACAAGCCUGUCACAUCAACACCUGCUUCCCGUUUGCCUCGACCUAUGGGCAGCCAUGAACGUGCGCAGACCCAGCCUUCGCUAGAGCCCGUGUCGGAAAGCGGUGGCCCUAUACCCCCACGACCAUCCCGAAGACCUCAGUCGCGUCUUGGCCACUCGGCACAAUCUUCCAUCUCGAGUGUUCACACACCUACCACACCUUCGUCUGCUUCGUCAGUACAAUUUGCCACACCACGCAGAAGAGAACUUAGUCAGAAGGCGUCAACCGGAGCAUUGCGCAAUGAGCCCACUACGACCAGCGCGCAGCUACUUCGAUUGAAACGUUCUCUCCCGGCUAUGCGUCACGCUCCGGGAUCAACGAAGCCUGCCGCCUCGCGGUUUGAUCGACCGCCUUCUCGAACCGAUUCGCGAGUUGAAUCCAACCGACCUCAGUCUGUCUUGCGACCUAAGACUCCAGUCGACCGUGUUCGUACCAGCUAUGAAUCAAGUGCAGCGCAAGCGAGAAGGAACCCUUUUUUGCCUGCCGGUGCUUCUCAAUCUCAAUCGCAGCACGUGAGCACCAAGAGCACACAGACCACGCGACCUUUCAGACGCCACGAUUCUGAUCUAGGUCCGGAACUCCGACCUUUGUCACGCACUAUCUCUCGUGCUGCAGCAAGGUCUCCAAGCCCAAGAAGGGCACGUAACGAGAAAGUACCUAAUGAGCCCGUGUGGCAACAGAUUAAUAAGCCUCGCCGUGUACGCCGCUUCGGUGACGGCCACGAGCUUGACUCAUUCGACGAUCUUCCAACUUCCGCUCAAGCCGAGUCCAAGUACGUGAAACAACCCAUCGGAAGCGGAAAUAGAACAAACGUUCGCAACAAACUGUACCAAAAUGUCCUGCCCGAUCGUGGUACACCGAGCCCUGUCUCGCCUUUUUCACCUGCGAAUGCCGAUUCUCUGCCUCAUUUCGCACGAGACACAGCUGCUAGCCGCAUCGCCAGGGAGACAAAUCUCGCACAGCGUACACCUUCUGGACCUCUCGCGCCUAUUGCCAACCAGCGGGUUGCACAGCUGUCGGCCAGAGUGAAUUUUGCGCCUCAUAGCCACAAUACUUCCAGGUCUAGGAAGUCUCAGAGAGUCCCACAGCAGAAGCCUCAUUUAAUCUCCAACCUAAACUCGGCAAAGGAGACUAAAGUUGUCAACGGCAUGACUUACAACCCGAAUACCUUUCGCUGGGAAGGGAACGACAACGUCCUCAAUGUUUUCGACGUCCCAGCUUCGUCGCCGUCAGCAGCUUCCUUGCCCCCUCAUGUGACACGUGAUAGAGAAGGCUCGGCAUCAAGACCAGUGCUCAUUACCAACAUGACCGCCACUAAGGGUGUUAAGCGGGUUGGUGACAUGAUCUUCGAUCCACAGAAUAUGCGCUGGGUAAAGGCAGACGAAACCCCUUCCAUAUCUAACGAAUCUACCAGUGUCAUGGACGACGACGACCCUUUUAAGGACAUACCCGAUCUCGAAGAGAAGGAUAAGAAUUCCACCGCGGGUUGUCAGGGUCGAGGAAGCGACGAUGACUGGCUAGUAGGUGAAGAGUUCGAUGUUGGUCCAGAAUUCAUCAAGCGCCAGUUUGAUGAAGAGGGGCGAUGGCGUAAAAAGCUAGCACCCUUCCAAAAGGAUGACAGUCAUCAGAACCCAACCGAAAGCCAAGAGGCAACCCGAGAUGCGGCCCGAGAGUCGAGGCGAUGGGCACUAAGAAAUAUCAUUUUAAAAUGAUCAUCGAACGAGUUGGAGAUACUCCAUCGAAACUAGCAUAACCCAGACGUUAUCUAACCGUGCAACAUAGAAACGGGCGAAGUAACUUGAAGCCACCUCAUCAAGAGUAAUAAUCCGUCAAUCCGAUACAAUCCACCUACUUAAUCCGCAACAAAUCCCAUCAUCUCAUUCUCCACUACGAAACUUAGAUAUUCCAUACACAUUCACGACCUGCAUACGACGCAUUACUCGGCAUUGGGAAGGGAGACAAACACCUUUUAAUGUACAAAAGACGAGGGGACAUACUCCCCAUUCACUUCUCUUCUGUUAUUUAUACAGCUUGCCUGGUUAAAAGGGGUUGACAUGUACAACAUCACAUGA